AUGCGCCUGUCAGUCCGGGCGCUGCGCCGCGCUCGGCCCGAGCUGUUUGUAAAUUACAUUAGCCGCGCCUUUAUUGCACCCGAACCUCCGGCGACUGAAAAGCCGCCGCCCCCACCCCAAACUGCGAGCCGCGCUCCCGGAGCACCCGCCUCCCGCCGGCCUGACUGUGAUGGCAGCGCUGGCCCGGAGAUCUCGGGCUCUCCAACCCGGGAUUUGGCGCCCGAGAAGGGCGGCAAGAGCCCAGUCGGGGAGGUAUGCAGCCGCCGCGCGGGCCAGUCUGUUCAUCUCUCCACACCUGACAUUGGUCUGCAAGACAGGAUCGCAAGGACAACCCUGUUCCUCCUGUCUCCCAGUCCCUCAGGACCAGCAGAGUUCAGGAUUAUUGUGAGGUUGCCAGGAAGGUUCCCAUCCUAUUUUGAGCCCAGAAGCAGAGAGGAAGAACAAACAGAAGGAGAGAGUUGGGCCAGUAGGAGUGGCAGGAAAUAUACCUCCUCCCCAGUAGCUCAGGGGACUAUGCAGAGGAGGCACGUGAGAUGGACUGAUGGCACCUGGACCCCAGACGGCUCCACCACUGCCCGGCAGUGUGUUCUUGGGUAA